GUUUCAGAUAACGCAAGCUACAGGCAGUUAUCCAUUGUUUGGACAACUGAUAGCUACUGUUAAGAAAGCGGAAUUAUGCAGCCUCUUCUUAUUGUGUUUACCUGCCUAAGCGAUAUGAAAACUAUGAUGUUAGUAUUUGCUAACACCAUCUUACUAGGCAUGCUUUAUCAACAUGUUGAGUGUUAUGGGCAGUUCUAUGGCGGGUCCAUGAGCUAUGUUAUGGAAAAACAACCUGACGGAAACCAACUGGUAACCAUUGAGCUUAUAACUGGUUGGGUGCUUGGGAAAGGCCCCUGUGGCUCAGGUUGUACUAAAUCUGAUAUUGGAAGAUCUACUCGUUUAACUAGACCAAAAAUGGUUUCAAACAAUCCAUACUACCUUGGUAAAUUUUCAAAGGAACAAACAUCAAACGCUUCAACGGUACUAAUUCCUAUGGAUGCAAGAGUAAAUUCCACAUACAAUGAAACUGUAAUCGCUGUCAGUGAAAAGGGAAAAUGGGAACAAGAAAUAAUGCACUUCAGCGUUAUUAUGGAGAAAGACCUACAAAUAAUGGAUAUCAUUUUCUCGGGAUUGUCCUGGAGGCAUCUUUCGUUAGUGCAGACAAGUGGAAAGAAUAUUAGGUGGCAUUUCCAAACAAAAAUAUAUUCAAGGGUUAGGAGCGAUACAAAAACAACAAAUCAAAGUCCGAAGACUCUUUCGAAACCGUUUUACAGGGUUAAACUUGAUAAGGUUACCGAAAUCAGACUUCCAGCAGUUGAUGGUGAUGGCGAUUACAUUAAAUGUAAAAUUUCAGAAUUUAGUGAGGGAGGAUUGAUCUCAACAAAUCCACCUCCACUCGUACAGAUCAUGGAGAAUUGCUCUGUUUUCAUCAACGCUUCGCGAGCCAUUGGGUAUGAGGAUAAUACAUGGAUUGCCGUUCCUGUCAGCGUCCGUGAUUAUAAUAGAAAGGACAUAAUAUACGGGACCGAACAUUACACUGCAGGAAGAUACUCCCUAAGCACAACUGCCGUUCAGUUUGUUGUUCAGAUUAUAGAUAAUCUAACAACUCCAGUAUUUGUAGAACCAAGUUAUGCAGGAAACCAUGUUUUCAUCAUGUAUUCGGGCACGCAAUUGAGAACAAAAAUAUAUGCUGAAGCUCCCGAAAACACUACUAUAGGAGAGUUUACAAUUUUUGGACUAAAAGGAGAAAACCUCCUGUUAUCACAUGCUCAACAGGAUCCCAGUAGGUCGCAAGUAAUGUUUACCACAAUGUCAUGGAAACCAUCAGUUACGGAUGCAGGAAGACAUAUAGCAUGCGUUAGUGUCAUGGAUUCUACUGGCGUUGAUUCUGAUGAACAAAGAUGUUUCGUGUUAGAUGUUCGGCCUGAUGUUUUCAACCACUCAUCGUCAUAUUCUACGAACAAGCCGUAUUUUAUUGACAUCCCGUCACCUGACCAGCUUGUUGCAUGCAAAAUUCACGCAACUUGUGUUGUGGCUUUAUAUAUAAAAUCUGGAGUUGAUGUGUCUGAGAUACAUAUAACUGACAGUUUCAUUGACAAGUAUGAAAUCGGCCCAAUACAAUCUCUUACUCACAAAGGCCAGAUAGUGUAUAAAGCUGACUUGUCGUUUGAACAUUCAAUGCAUGGAAAGGAACGUAUAUGCUUUAAAGCAAAGGACGUUAAUGGCGGUGAAAGUGAAGAUGUAUGUAUCACAAGCAAUAUUGAACCACCAGAUCCGUGUAUGUCAGCACCGUGUAAAAAUGCAGCUUAUUGUGAGAGAGAUAUAGCCACUGGUGGGUAUAGAUGUAGAUGUAUGCCUAAAACGUAUGGGAAAACGUGCGAACAUAGAAUUGAUUUUUGUGAUCCAGAUCCAUGCGUUCAUAAUAACAGCUAUAUUUGUUUUAAUGAACAGUGUUACUGUAAACCGGGCUUUAUUGGGACUUCGUGCGAAAAUAAUAUUAACGAUUGCCAUCAAAAUGCAUGCAAUCAUCAUGGAAUAUGUAUCGAUGGUGUCCAAAGUUAUUCGUGUGAAUGCUUUGAUCGCUAUAAAGGGGAUCAUUGUGAAACGGACAAAUGUCCUUCUCAGAGAUAUGGAGUCAUGAAUUGCCCAGCAAGUGGUUGUGAACCAGAUCCUUGUAAUGAGCGGGGUGUUUGUUCUGUUGGCGGUCACUGCACUUGUUCAUAUGGAUACACCGGACCAGAUUGCCUGACACCAAAAUGUAAUAUAUCGGGAACUGUUGGCAGCGGGAUAAUUUCUCCUUCUCCAAAAGAUGGAAGCACUUUGAUAUGUUAUAAACAUCGGGACAUGAGAUUAGCAUGCAGUCUGCGUUUGUAUGUUGCAGCUAAAUCAGGCCCACCUCCUGUAAUGAGCACCGAAACAACAGCUGAACUACAAAGUAUCGUAACAACACACCCUGUCAUAAAGUCAACAGAUCUUCCUGGUAUUUCCCCUAUCUUCUCGGUAGAUAUAACAAUAGAUGGACAAAUGAACAGUUCUAAACCACAGUAUUUAUGUGUAACGGCAACAUAUACAACGUCAAAAUCAACAUCAUGCUUCGGAUUAUCUAUAAUCUCUAGUCAUGAAGCCAACACUACCCAAAUUAAUGCAACAGUAAAAUUCGAGAAACCAACAUUGGAAGAUCGCAGUAGAAUCGUAUGCAGUGUCCGAGCGAGGUGCCAAGUUCUAUUGUACACAACUAUCGUUUCGAAUCGGUCUUCUUGUAAGAUAACAACUGGGUCAACUGUCGGUGGAUCAGCCAGUGGGAUUGUACCUAGUGACCGGUGUGAUAUGGAUGAUAAAGAUAAUGACGCAGACGAUACAGAUCAAAUUGGAAAAGCAGCUUCCCCAUGCUGCGAAAAUGUCAUCUCAUCAACUGACGAAGUGACAGUUUAUAAUGCACAUCCACGUGGACAAUCAUGUGUUACAGAGGCUUCUGUUGUUUAUAAUAGUCCAGGGGUGAAACAGAUUUGUUUUCAAUCCAGUUAUUCUAUGUACCAACAACUAUGUUACACAGUAGAUGUGUACGCUGACAUGAAAGAUCCUUGCUUCGGAUUUCCUUGCCAGAACAACGGGAAAUGCUUACUCGUAGGUCACGACAAUUUUACUUGUGUAUGUCCAAAUAACUAUAUAGGUGAUAAAUGCGAACAAGGACCCUGCCAAACAGGUGACAAUACUUGCCAGAAUGAAGCCUAUUGUCACACAGAUAAUGGAGUGGCAACAUGUAUAUGUAAGGCUGGUUUCUCCGGCCCAACCUGUAGCAAUGUUUCGACAGGACUUUCUUCCACGCAUGCAGCAUUUACAGACGUAGCCAAGCCAAAGGUUAUUACCUGUGUUUUGAACCAAAAGUGCAGUUUUGCUUUGAUUGUCAGCGAGAAUUCAAAUCAUGCACCCAUUGUAUCUGCAGGGUAUGUUGAUCCAUCGCUGCUGCUGGGACAAAUCGAGAUUGUUGAUAGAUUACCAAUUCACAAUAGUUAUCAAGCUAAUAUUAGAUUUAGAUCUACACAAUUGGGUUUGAAGGUUUUGUGCAUUCAGACAAUGGACAUAAAUGGAAUUAAUAAAGACGAGCUGUGUACUGAGGUCAAUGUUGUUUCUGAUACCAUCACUAUAUACACGUUUAAGUAUCGACCUCAUUUCGUUGAGCCAAGUUUACCUACGGAUGCCGAGGUAGAAUGUCUCGCUGGUGGACCAUGUCACGUGCUCUAUCGUGUGACUCCUGGAACUGGAAAUGAAAACGAAUGUGUGACGUUUAAAGUAAAUCCACCUGCUGGGUUUGUGAACUAUUUUCUCUUCUCAUCAUGCGAUACGUGUCCUACUAAUGGUAACUGUACAAUCGAUGUAUCUAUAGUUAACACUAUUGUGGACAAAAACACUGCUCGAAGGAUCUGUUUGACUGUCGGCCUAAAAGGAAAAUCAGUCGACGGUGAGCAACGUUGUUUUACCAUAAACGUAAAAGACCGAACGACUCUUGUUAAGAAAGGAUGUCAGACUCUCGAAUGCAAGAAUGGGGGCUUUUGUGAUGGACAUGACAUGAAUAAUCCAGUUUGCUACUGUUCAAAGGGAUUUUCGGGGCCACAAUGCAAUGAAGCGUAUGUAGAUAGCCAAAUGACGGGACCACAAACACUGAGUUUCAUCGGAGAUUUAACAGUUCCGUCCGAGGUUAAAUGCGUAAUCAACGAGGCAUGUGAUAUACCGUUCCAAGUGUUUUCAAAGAACGGACAUUCCCCAAGUGUAUCUCUGGGAUAUCAUGAUCCACGGCUGAAUGUGAUGGUACCUUCCUUUAUGCCUCUCACAAGUUCUUCUACCGUAUUUCAAGGAAAGGUUGUGUCUAUUCCAAAUGAGGCAGGGGAAUUCAGAUUCUGUCUGCAGGCAACUCUCAACAGCAAAACUGAAGAUGAAAUAUGUGUCAUGGUUAAAGUGAUAAGUACAGCCCUGGAAAAAACGGACAAGACCAAGCCCUUCUUUUUUCCCCCUACACUAUCAACUGAAGCUACUGUGAUGUGUGAAAUCAAAAAGGCUUGUCAUUUCGACAUGCAUUUUACAUCUGGAGAUAUGUUUAAUUUUCCUGGAGUAUGUCCAUCUCUGACUGAGAGGAGUCCAAGUCCCGUACAAGGUGUACACAUAUUUAAAGUAAAGAGAGAGAACAGUACGGUGUGUACUGGGGAUGUCACGUAUGUUCCACCUCAAGCAGACGGUUCGCACCAACUUUGUCUCCAAGUAUCGAUACCAGGGAAAAAAGGUGAACGUAGAUGUUACACUAUUAAAGUAGUCACAGAUAUGGACAGGGAAGUUAUAUCACCAUGUCGUGGAAUCACUUGUCAACACAACGGAAAAUGUAUGGCGGAUUUCAGGAAGACGCCAGUAACAUACUCGUGCAUUUGUACAUCGGAUGGAUUCAUAGGCACAAAUUGUGAACAUGGAAUAAACAAUAACAAGACUUUACCAGGUGUCAGGAAUUUGAAUGGUACGAUUAGUGGAAUUCAAUAUUUUGAAAUAGACAGCGCUAUUCCAUAUGACGUCAAAUGUGAAGAAAAUAGUGACUGCUGCAUUAAUACACCGUAUAUUGGGAUGAAAACUAGUCCUCCAUUGAUUGGUUUUAUGAGUUCCGGUUUGAGUAUAUCAAACAAAAGUGUGCUAGGAACUGGAAGUACUGAUCAUUCAAGACAUAUUUCACAGAUAUGUGUUAAAGCAUCGCUAGGUGGUCCCUAUAAAUUCUGCCAGCAGACUACUACUAAUAAAGGGAUGAAUAUUGACGAGAUUUGCACGAAUAUCACUGUACAACAUAAAAAUUCAAAUCAUAACACGCCUCCGCCACAUUUUAGCAAAAGUAUUCCUGAUGGGUCGACAGUUUUAUGUAAACCGAACACAAUAUGUCACAAUCAGAUUAUUACAGAGCAACAGCCUGGAGGUCAAUGUUCUCAGGUCAGAGAGUGUGGAGAAGGAGUGCCGGGUGUUCAUUUCUUUAAAACUACUCCAGUUGAUAAUUUGUGCAUGACGGAUUUAGCUAUCAAGACAGAAAAUCCAGACACACUUGACUUGUGUACUUCUGCAGGAUACGGUGGGCAACAAAACCACAUGAAAGUAGAAGUAAAAAAUGUACCAAGUUUUGGGCCAUGCCAGAAACUACAUUGUUUAAAUGGUGGCAGGUGUUUAGCAGUGCAUAUAUCAGACGCUAUUUGUAAAUGUCAGCCCGGAUACACUGGCCAAGUCUGCGAGACAGAUAUCGAUGAAUGUGUAUCUAAUCCUUGCAUAAAUGGAGCAACUUGUUUAAAUAAACUGAACGAAUAUCAAUGUAAAUGUAUGCCUGGUUACACUGGAGCGGACUGUAGAUUACUGAGUUUACAUAUAUUUUCUGUUCUUAAAGUUUUGGAACCUGUGACCGACAAUACUUAA